ACAGUCCGCAGCUGCAGGCGCAAACUGCCGCUGCGCUGAAAUUUCCUUCUGCGCAUGAUGACGCGCCUGUCGCGCCGCGCCGCUCAGCUAGCAGCGGCAGCGGCAGGAAGUGAAGCGGCUGCUGAAGCGGCGGCAGGGGGACGGAGCCAAGAACCAAAAGUCGGUGGUGGAAGAAAAUAACCAUGCCUAAUCCGUGAAACCCACACAUUGUGCAUCUUCACGCCGUGCAUCGUUCACCUGGCGGGCGCAGAAGCCAUUUGAGGGUGAUUCCUCAUUGGCUGGUGUGACCCCCACAGGCCCGCCGCCUCCCAAGGUGGGCCCUGAUUGGCUGGACCUGCACUGAUGGCUCUAGGGGAGUAAAUGGCCGCCGCCCCCACCCUCAGCUGAAGAGCUAAGCCCCGCUGUUUCCUCCCCCACCUCCCUAACAUCACUGUUCAUUGCUUUGUUGUGAACCGUGAUUCCCUCCAAACGAUUUGCUGUAGAGUACUAUGGCAAUGCAUGAUAUGAGUCGUGCCAAGGGUUUCCCCUGUAAAGAAUGUGAUAUGGUUUGCCCGAGUACUCCAAGUCUUCUAGAGCAUAUGAAAGCACAUUAUCAGCAAGAAGAGACCGGACGUUUUGAGUGUGAACAGUGUGGCCGAAUCUACAAGCACGCAGCUAGCCUAGCCAAUCAUAAAAAGUCUCACGAAGUAGGUUCAUUCCAGUGUCCUGUUUGUACACGUACGCUGCCCAACGCAGUGGCAUUAAAGAACCACCUGCGGAUCCAUACUCUGUCCCCCAGUAGUGCCCACGCAGAGGAAGAAAGCGAAGAAGUGCCUGAAGAAGCGGGCCACGACGAGAGGGAGUACGGCCUCGCCCAGGACCUCUCCGACGGGUUUGGACGCUCCCAUUUGAACAAUAGUGGUAUGGGACAUAGUGUCCUGCAAAGCCACGACACAGACGAACACGGAAAGAAAGGCUCCCCUGAAUCUGACGACGCUUGGGACAGACCGUUCAAGUGUGACCAGUGUGACCGAACCUACCGGCACCACGGUAGUCUGGUGAACCACAAGAAGUGUCACCAGCAAGGAACUUUUAAGUGUUCUGUGUGUUUUAAACAAUUCAGCAACCUGGCUGCCCUAAACAGCCACGAGAGAACUCAUUCAAAGUUCAAGACUCCUGGGGCCUCCAUGGUGAGCAGCAGCAGUAGCAGCAGCAGCCUCCAUGACUCGGAGCGCAGCGCUGGCACCCAGUCGUCCCAGAGUGAUGACACCGCCUCCUGUUUCUGCCACCUGUGCCAGGUAGCACUGCCAAACAAGGCAGACUUCCAAGAACACAUCCUGCUGCACAACGCGGCUUCACCAUCCCUCGGCCUGCCGCGCAGCUUCCCAGGCAUUAUGCCUCACAAUCUAAGUGCGGUACGGUCCCCGGCAUACACCCCAGCCUUGGGAGACCCUCUGCCCUUGCCACCCCUGCCCACUGAGAAGAGAGGUCCCUAUGACCCCAUAAUGGGUCCUCCAGUGAAUAACCCCAUCUACACAUGCGCUUAUUGUGGCGCAGGACACCCAGAUCUAGAGACCCUGAAAGUCCACUAUCUAACCCAUGAUCCCCACCCGGCCUCCCACAGUCAGGACAGCUCCAUCCUCAACUCGGACACUCUAAGUUCUGGAUCACAAGGCUCAGUGUCUUCGCCAUCUGGAGGCCGAGUGCCUCAGGCUAACUCUCCAGAUGAUGGGGAACGACGCUUUAAGUGUGGGGAGUGUGGCAAAAGUUACCGGCAUGCAGGAAGCCUGGUCAACCACAAACGCUGUCAUCAGACAGGCCACUACCAGUGUACCAUCUGCUGUAAGCAGUACCCUCACCUGGCGGCACUGCACAGCCAUCUGCGGAGCCACAAAGGGCGUCCCUCCAACCAGCCUAUUAACAAUGACAGCAAUGACUGGCUGUCACCAGAGCCGCUAACUCUAGACUCCCAGCAAAGUUAUGUCCAGGAAGGCAGUGGUGCCACAACUCCAAUCUCACUACCAGGAAAUCUGGGCGAUGCUGCCCAUUUUGUACCAGAUGGGGGCCACAGCAGUGGGUUGGACUCUCUUGAGUUCCACGACCGCUUUGAUGGCAGUUCGCUCUCCCAGAGCAGCUCUGCUCACCGACAGGCCGACAGACACGUGUGUGCCGACUGUGGUGAAAUGUACGGAGAUGUAUCUGGCAUCAAGUCACAUAUGUGUCCCCGCCGUGGCCAGCAGCAACAGCAGCCACAGCAGGGCAACAUGUCCAACGGUUUUAUGGGGAACAUGAACUACCACAGCUCAGGUGGAACCUCGCUGCCUGCUGGAAGUUCCAGCAGCAUGAAAGAAGGUAGCAGCCAGCGGCAGUACUCCCAGAGUGGAGGCAAGCGAAUGGGGAGCAAUGACAAAGAUGAUGAUGAUGAUGGAGAAGUGUAUCAGUGUUCGGUGUGCGGCAAUCACUAUGCUAGCCUCAGAGCCCUCAGGAGCCACCUGCGUAGCCAUGCCAACAACCCAACUGGGCCAGGGCCUUCCAACCUGGAGCAGGAGUGGAGGAUGAUCUGCUCCACUUGUGGACAGAGCUUCUCCAGGAAGCAGGACCUGCUGAAUCACCAGUUAGUCCAUGGCCCCCAAAGGCCAGACGGCCAGCAACAGGGUAUUGGAGGCAGUUCAGCAAAUGGCAAUGAGAAAAUGGAUGGCCGUAACCACAUUUGUGUUGAUUGUGGGAUGUUUUUUGCUGACCGCCACCACCUGAUCACUCACUUGUGCCCUGGAAAGAAUCGAGCCAGCUCGCUGAAUAAGCCAGGCCUAAAUGGAGCCAAAGGGAUGUCUGGAGGAGAUGGUGUGGGUGGCGGAGUUGCUGGAGGAAGCCGUGAUGUUGGUGGUGAUGGACGUAGGCCAAUGGUUGACCAAAGUGACAAACCCCACAAGUGCGACCAAUGUGGACGAGGAUACAGACACCCCUGUUCCCUCCUCAACCACAAGAAGUCCCAUAAGACUGGUGUUUUCCGCUGCCUGGUGUGCCAGAAACGCUACUACAAUCUGCUAGCUCUGAAGAAUCACCAAAGGACCCACUUUGACCUGAAGAGGCACAAAUGUGAAGAAUGUGGCAAAGCCUUCAAGAUCCAAAAGCAGUUGAUUAACCACCUCCGUCUCCACGAGGAGCACCGGGCCAAAGGUCUUGUACGGACCGGCCCAAAUGGUUCCCGCUUCCAGCAGCCUGGCCCCUCUCAAAUGCAGACUAUGAGAGGGGAGUCAUCAAAGGGCCAGGUGAUGGGGGUCAAAUACAGCCACCAGGGCUUCAAAAAACCUUACUCUUCGGCUGGUACUUCCAGGCCUCAGAAGUUUGACCCCGCUGAAAGUGGACGGCGGCCGUUUGCCUGUGAAGAAUGUGGGAAGACCUACCGCCAUGCAGGCAGCCUGGCCAACCACAAGAACCUUCACAAAAUCGGGGAGUAUCACUGCAACGUUUGCAACUCCACAUAUCCCAACAGGCUGGCAAUGAAAAACCACCUCCGCCUCCAUUUCGCCCAGAAGAAGCACAACUGCCAAGAGUGCGGCAAAGGCUUCCGCACCCAGAGGCAACUUGCCACCCACACUACAGCAGGCCUGUGCAAAGGGCCGCAGGGCCCCGGGGCCCAGAUGGAUUUUGAGUGCGAUGGCUGCUGCGAAGGCUUUGCCACGGCUGAUGAACUUGCAGCUCAUGACUGCCCAGCCCAGCACCUGCCUUCGUCCUCUUCCACCAACACCUCCACCAACAUUAGCUUGGAGAGAAGCUCCGUGGACUUGGACUCUGAUGAAAGACCUUACGCCUGUGACCUCUGCAGCUGCGCCUACAAACAUGCCAGCUCCCUGCUGAACCACAAGCACACCCACAAGACGGGCAACUUCCGUUGCAAUUUCUGCGACAAGCCCUACACCAACUACAUGGCGCUGCGCAACCACAUGCGCAUCCACACACAACGGAAGAAGCACAUCUGUCACACAUGCGGGAAAGCCUUCCGACUGGCCAGGUUCCUCCGCAACCACCAGAAAGUCCACGAGGAGGGUGCUACGCCGUUCGGCUGCCCCACCUGUGGGAAGAGUUUCCAGGGGAGGUCCGGUCUGGCCAGGCACCGCUGCGGGGACAACCAGGUAGGCAUGGAAGUCAGGAGGAAGGCCACUGCACCCACGGGAGAGGGCGAAGAGUGUCGGUACACGUGUGAUCAGUGCGGCCGUUCCUACCGCCAUGCCAGCUCCCUCCUCAACCACAAGAACACCCACACUGUUGGUAUCUACCACUGUGCCGUGUGCCUCAAGACCUACUCCAACCUGCUCGCCCUAAAGAACCAUCGCCGUAUUCACUCAGAGACGCGGCGCCACCGUUGCCAUGACUGUGGGAAGGCCUUCCGUGUUUCCUCUCAACUCUACAACCACCGACGUGUCCACCAGAAGCAGCGGGAGCUGACCUGCCGGUCCUGCCAGCGAGCAUUCCCUACGCAGGCUAGCUUCAGGCUGCACAUGGAGAUCACCCACGGCCAGGUGCCACAGCCCCGCCAGCCCAGACCCCAGCAGCCCCGUCCGGGGGGCUCCCAGGAGCUGGGCUGGGGGUCAGGACUGGACCUCACUUUGAUGCAAGAGCAAGGACUUGACCCCGGCAGCAUGGCCAAAGCCCGCAGCCGAGGGGGCAACAGUGAGGUUAUUAAGUCCCAUGUGUGCGACCAGUGUGGGCGGUCUUAUCGCCACGCCAGCUCCUUGCUCAACCACAAGAACAGCCACAAAACCGGAACCUACUUCUGCAACUCCUGCCAGAAGGAGUUUCCUAACCUAAUGUCCCUCAAGAACCAUCGGCGCAUCCACACCGAGCCCAAGCGCUACCAGUGCCCCGAUUGCGGGAAGUCCUUCCGGGUGUCCACACAGCUCAUCUGCCACCGUCGCAUCCAUACCAAGGAGAAGCCGUUCUCCUGCCAGCAGUGCGACAAGCGCUUCUCCUCCAAGUCCAACCUGCGGCACCACAUGAAAGUGCACUGGAGCGGCUCGACGGCGCCCCCUCCCAUGGCAAUGAGUGCGCCCAACUUCCUGGAUCUAGUUUCCAGCCGCUCCAGGAAGUUCGUCUGUGGUCAGUGUGGUCGGUCUUAUCGCCACGCCAGCUCCCUGCUCAACCACAAGAACAGCCACAAGACCGGAACCUACUUCUGCACCUCCUGCCAGAAGGAGUUUCCUAAUCUGAUGUCUUUCAAGAACCAUCGGCGCAUCCACACCGAGCCCAAGCGCUACCAGUGCCCCGACUGUGGGAAGUCCUUCCGGGUGUCAACGGCGCUCAUCUGCCACCGUCGCAUCCACACCAAGGAGAAGCCGUUCUCCUGCCAGCAGUGCGACAAGCACUUCUCCUCCAAGUCCAACCUGAGGCACCACAUGAAAGUUCACUGGAGGAGUCCAACGUCGUCCAGAGGCUCCGCCUUCCUCAGCGUCCCAUCCAGACCUUUCUGAAGCAGUGCUCACUGUGACCUCAGUGUGGACGAACACAACUAACCCAUCCCUGAACGCCUCACUGUGAAGUUUAACCACAGCUGAGGCCUUCAGACUGAAACCUGCUGCAGCAGUUUAGUGAAAUUAAAUCCACUUAACAGACUGGAUCCAGCUGUCAGCUCUGAAAUAUGCAGGCAAACUCCUUAAUUUAACAUUUUCAACCAGCUUCUCCUGCAAAAUCUGACUUCAAAUUCAAUACGAACAUGUAAAUAUUUCUGUCUAACACAACACAACCUGAAUUUCAGCAUUUGAAAUCCAAAUCAGGUUUAAGUUUCUUUGAUUUGAAGAAUUUGGAUCGACGUCAGACGUUCAGGUUUGACCUGGUUAGCUUAGCUUAGCUUAGCCUGGCUCUGUCUGCAGCUCACUGAUUAGCAUGUUGUAGCUCGUUUGUACAGAAACCAAAGUGUGAGAAGAGCCAGAAUGUGCUAAAUUUUUAUGUAUCUUUAACUCAGUAUGUUAAAGAAUCAAACAUCUUAAUAUUAGUAAUGGUUUAAAAUGUCAACAGCGUUUAAUUUCACUUCAGCUCUUCAGUUUAUUAUCAGGUUGACGUCUUUUACGACCACAUCGCUCAAACCUGAGGCGAUGUUUUAUCCUCUGAACUUCUGAACAAACUGAAGCUCUUCUGUUACUCAAAGUGAAACUUUAUUCCAGUUACUGAUCAGAGUUACUCAGCUUCGUUUUCUUCUCUGAUGACAUUUUAAAAAAUUCAGUUUGUGUUUGCUUCACCUCCACGGAUGGACUGUUAACAAUAUGUUGGUGAACAGUGUUGGCCUGGUGGUUUACAGACUUCUGGACAGCUGGAUGAUGGGUCUUGUAUAAUUUUCUUUAGCUCUGAGUGUUUUUCUACUGCGGAGGACAACAACUGGAUCAUGUUCCUCCGUCUGUUGGCUCAGAUCUGCUUCUGGGAGUUUCUAUGUCUGCAGAUACUAAAUCCUGCUGUUCUUUACCUGUUGAAAUCUGAGGGAGAGUCAAAGUCAAAUCUGGAUUAUGGAAGUGCAUCAAUACAUAAGUGUCCUCUGAUGUCACCACCGUUAAUAUUCAACCGAAACACGUCAUUCCAUGAAAAAUCAAUCUCACAUCCAUCUGGUUCUAGUGAUCUUUUUUUUUUUCCAGGGUGUUCCAGGCCCUUGAAAUACAUAGAGGUGGGUCCAGAUUUAUCACUUUUUAAUGGACUUUUUCCAUCAUUUCUGAGCCUCAGUACAGCAGAUGGAUUCAUGACAUUUUAGGAUGGAAAACACAUCUAAGUUCUGGUAAAAACUGAAACCAGAUCUGUUUUAUAUCCAUCCAGGUGUCACAGUCUAAACAUUGAAUCUGGUUUCUGUCCAUUUUCUCUAUAACCAACUUUGAGCAUCACUUAGUUUGGACAAUAAAACUGAAUCAGUUUAAUGUUUAUGACAUAGAGUCAUAGAAACAAUCGCUGGUACUCUUGUUCGUGGUCAUUUUAUAUACAGUUGUAGUUAUUUUGUGUUUCUUCUGACCAGGACUACCACAGUGAAUGCAUAGUUUUUAGUUAAACUUUCUAGGCUCUUAUCAGCGGGUGUAGUAGAUGGUUGGUCAGAACAAGUUCUACACAGCAAAAGCAUCAUUUUACUCUCAAAAUAGACAUGAUUCACUCUGUGGGAAUUUUUUUUUCCUAUAUAUGCACACACUAACUAACUGUAUUGGUCAAAUGAUGGAAAAAGUCCAUUAAAAAGUGAUGAAUAUGGCCUUACCUGUAAGUAGGUGUAAGUAGUUCAGGGACCUGGAAACCUGGAAAUAUUCAUCAUAUGAAGGUAAAACUCCAUGUCAGACCAUCAGUUCUCCACUUAAUUCAAUUUUUAUUUUGUGACUUUAGUCUCGGUUUCACUCACUGUUUAAUUUUGUUUAGUUUAAUUGUCACUGCAUCAAACUUGUUACCAGAAAAGUGUAAUCAGUGACAGCAGAGAUCGUUUGGACUCCUGGCGUCUGGUUCUGACAUUCUCUGGUCUUUUGUAGAUGAUAAAUCUUCUCUGCAUGAUGAAAACUGACAAUGAAGAUCCUCGUUUUGGUCAGAGGUGGAGAUAAAUUUGUUCUCCUGGAUCAUCUGAAAGCUUCGUGCAGUUUAAAGAUGUGAACCAACUGAAGACAAACCUGCUGGUUCACACAGAUGUCCGUAUCUUCUGACUCUGUUUCUGUUGUCACAUGUAGUUAGAGGGCUGAUGAUCAGUAGAACAUUAGAAGUGAUGAUUGUUCCUCUGCUGACCUCAUGUUUGGUCGAAGGUGAUGCGUCAGGGCGGGUUGUGGCGGCCAUUUUGGAUCCCUCCCUCAAUCUAAAUUUCUGCAUUCACUAAAUAACAUAAAUUCAUAGACGUGUUCUCAUAUUUACAGCUGUUUUACUUUGUUGUAAUUUCAUGACUGACAAACAAAUCUCGCGAAAGAUCAAAUUUAAAAGGAAACAGCUCUCACUAUGAGAAAAUAAGUUAUGAGAAGAAGAAUCGUGUUGUUCUCAUAAUUUUUUUUUAUAAUUCUCAGAUGUUUUCUCAGAAUUUUACAAUUCAGAGCUUUAAAACAGGACAAACUGAGGAGGUUCUGAGAAAUUCUUCUUCCAGGUCUGAGAUACAGAAUUGAUCAUUAUUACAAAGAAAACAAGAAAACUCUCAUAUUAAAUCCAUAUUUGGGAACUAGGAAAUUAGUUUUGCGCAAGAAUGAGAAAGCUCAUGUAAUUAAGUCAUAACUUUGAGAAAAUCUGUUAAAAGAUCUGUGAAAUUAUCAUGAGAUUAUCUGAUUUCAACAAGAUAUUUUCUCAUAAUUACCUCAAGUUUACUAUUUUCAUGUUUUCUCUUCUUGAUGAGAAUUUCAAUUGCAUUUUCCUGAAAUCUGAAUCAUAUAAUGAAACACUAAGCAUGAUAAUUAUGAUAAAACAUCAUAAUACUGUAUUUAUUCAUUACAACAAAUUUUCAUAAUUUUCAUCACAUAAGAAAAAUCAGAAUACAAAACUCUUGUCUAGUAAUUAUGAAAGUGAUCUCAUGGCUAUUUUCUGAUGAUUCUCUGAUUCUCUGAUGUUUUCCCUAAAUUGUAGAUUGAAACUUUUAAGGACAAGAAACUGAAGAAGUUUUAAAGAUGAGAAAACUUGAGAUUUGGUCAUUAUUACGAUCAAACAGGAAAACUCUCACAAAAAAUCCAGAUCAAGUAUUUAAGACCUUUUUUUUCCAGCGUUAUGAGAGAUGCUUUGUAAUCCUGAAAUGAAGUCAGAGCUUCUCUGAUAAUUAUGAGAUUAUUUGUUUGAAUAUUUGUCUCAAAAUUAUGUGAAUUAUGGGAAAGCAAAAACUGCAUAAUGAUGCUAAUAUUUUCUAUUAAGUCACAUUUUAGUAAAAACUGGAGAACUGAGAAAACUUUCUUAAACUGUAUUUAUUAUGAUAGUUUCUCCUAAAUUUUAUCAUGAGAAAAUUAGAAUUAUAAUAAGUAUAUAUCCUCAUAUAAUCAUGAGUUCUGCGUUAAGACAGAAUAUCAAGAGUAUCGUCAGUUAAAAUGAAAUAUUCUGAGAAAAAACUCAGAUUUCUGUCCUCAAAGUUGUAAGUUUAUUAUGUAAAUACAUUUAACAGAUGUUAGCUACACAUCUGUUGUAUUGAUUCAUCUCAAUUAUUUAACCAGCAAUUAGUUUUUCUGUAAAUCUGUGACUUUAAUCUCAGAGACUUUCUGAGAGAAAACUUUAAUAUUCACUAAUGCUUUGUUUAGAUUAAUACUCUAAUUUCUGAAAAAGUCACAGUGAAAAGGAAACGCCUUUAUGUGUGUUUAGUGACUGAAUUUCACUUCUGUACAUUCUUGACUUCAACAUCGUUGAUGCCUAAGUAGCCUUCAUUUGAACUAAAAAAAAGUUUAAAAUGAAAAAAGGUGGAAUUAGUUCUGAUUUAUCUGUCUCAAUAUGCUCACAAUGAUCUGUUUUUUCAAUCUGGGGAUUCAAAAUGGCGCAGCAGAGAGUCUUGGUGCUGUUUGAUGUAUUGUUGCUGUUCGUCUGUGACAGUUUUAAUAUACAAACUCCUUUAUACUCACCUGAUAGUAAAAGUGCAGAUAAAUGCCUUGAAAUGUGUCUUUUUUAUUUCUAGGUUCUAAUCGAAACAUUAAAAGUGUUUACUUCUUGGUGUUUGACACAAACUAUCAUUAUGUGGAUUUUUUUCAGCAUUACUUACAUGUAAAACCCUGUUUUUUAUCAGGUUUUUAGUACAGUUUGGUUGAAAUUCUGAAGUAUUAAUAUAGAAAGGUGUAAAAUGAGAAGGUUAAAUAAAUCUGGAACAAAACGA